ACAACCAUUACAUUUAUUAUCUGAUUUAUCUGUUGUUUACAAUGAUUGUAGCAGAAGGUGUAAGCAAUAGUUCGUUAAGAGCUAUGAAAUUUUGAGCUGAAAAUCUAAUAUAAAAAAUAUUACUUGAUUUUCUGUAUACCCUUCAAAUGUUAGUGUUCGCGAUUAAGUCUCUUUCUAAAUGUGUUUAAGUCUAGUAUGUUUUAAUUAAUUUACAUCAAAAUGUAGUAAAAAUGUAGUAACAUGGUAUUAAGCCUUUAUAUAUUAAUAGUUUUAAAUCUGAAAAAUACUAAAACGGGUAAAUAUUAGAUGAAAAUGUUUUGUUUCAGAUCAAUGACACUACACUUGAACGGAUGAGCUGUGUCUUAUCAUUCAAUCGUUUCAAAGGUUCGCAUACAUAUGACAAAAUAGCUGAAAUGCUAUUUGGUGUCCAGUCUGAGUAUGGACUAAAACAUGAACAGUUGAUUUCGACCACUACAGACAAUGGGUCUAAUUUCGUUAAGGCGUUCAGAGAAUUUGGUAUUGCUGAUUAUGUACCAGAUUUCUCAGGUCUUCAAGAUACGAUGGAAUUGGAUAAUUUGAGCACAAGUGACAUUUUAUAUGAAGAGGUGCUUUUAGUUAAUAAUUCCGAAGAACUUGAAACAAGGGGCUUGUAUUUACCACGACAUCUGAGAUGUGCCAGUCACACCCUAAGCCUGUUGGCCACAACAGACUUGAAUAAUUUCAUAAGAGGAGAUUCUCUUAUUAGCAGAAUCCAUUAUUCUGCUAUUGCCAAAUGCACCCUGCUCUGGAACAUGUCAAGGAGACCAAAGUCUGCAGAAAUAAUUAAAGAUCAUCUUGGGCAUCAGCUAUUAUACCCAUGCCCAACAAGGUGGAAUUCCCUGUACGACGCCAUUCUCCAUCUCAUGAAAAGCAAAACCACAUUGAAUGGUUUAUUUGAAAAGUUAGGCAAACCAAACACAUUCUCUGCAGUAGAAUUCGAAUACUUAGAAGAGUUUUUGGAGGUUUUAAAACCGAUCGCAUCAGCUCUUGACUAUCUUCAAGGAGAUAAUUGCUAUUAUGGUAAACUUUUACCCACAUUGAUGAGUGUUAAAACCAAACUGGAAAGACAACGAGACAGCAAUCUGCGCCACUUCCCUAGAGUUUUACCAAAACUACUAGAAAGUUUAGGAAACAGAUUUGAGAAAUUUCUCCAACUGACACCUGAGGCCAAUGAAGCGAUUCUGGCAGCAUGCUUCCACCCAGCGUACAAAAUGCGAUGGCUGCCAGAAUCCUGUCCAAUUGAAGACAAGCAAAGGUUACAAAACCUUGCGAUCACGACGUUAGAAUCUGCUUCAGAACUUCCUAGAAGUAGUAGUAGUUCGAGCAAGAAUGAAGACGAUGAUUUCAUCGUCUUCGCUGACUAUACACGUGAUAGGCCGGCCACGUCUAUGGAGUUAGAACUAGUGAGUUUUUUUAAUGAUAAGGGGAAAGACCUUAGUGUCCUUCAACGGUACCCAAACGUUAGAAAAAUGUUCAUCAAAUUUAAUACGAGCUUAUGCUCUUCCGGUCCAGUUGAAAGACUGUUUUCUUUGGCUGGAUUUAUUCAUUCGCCAACUAGACGGAACUUAUCCGACAACACUUUUAAGAAUUUAGUUUAUAUGAAGGGGAAUUCCGUUUUUAACUCAUAAAAACCUAUAAAAAGUGUUGUCAGAUAAGUUUCUAAGAAGUCGUUAAGUGUAUUUUGUAUUUUGUAUUUGAAAUACAUUAUUUUAAACUCUGUAUUUUGUAUUUUUUAUUUGAAAUACAGUUUAGAAUGUAUUUAGUAUUUUGUAUUUGAAAUACAUUUUUGAAUGUAUUUAGUAUUUGGUA